UCCAACGUGUGAAAGUGUAUUGGUGGACCUCAGGUGUGGUUCCCUAUAAAAGACAAACCAAACGAUCCGAACAGUAUCACUUCAUUUUUUCCUUCAUCCACAUAAGCAUCAUGAAGUUAUUUGUGGUGUUGCCUUCGCUAUUAGCUUUCGUUUCUGUAGCGAACUGCGGUUUGCUAGGCGGAGGAGUGAGCACGGCACUUACACCACCGGCCGCCUCGUCCUCGUACGGUACCGGUUACGCUUCCGGUCCUGGACUCGGCAGCUUCGCCAGCGGUCCAUCUGUCGACACUGUGCACUUCAGCGGUGGUCACUCUGGAGUCAACAUUGGUCUUUCUGCCGGAAUCUCCGGGGGUUCUUUGCACGAUGACCAUCACGGACCCGAAUUUGGAGGCGCCAUCGGCGGAGCCGGCUUAGGAGGAGGCAUUGGUGGAAUCGGAGGCGGCUUCGGCGGCGGAAUUGGACACGGUGCUGGAAUCGGCGGAGGAAUCGGAGGUGGAUUGGGACACGGCGCCGGAAUCGGCGGCGGAAUCGGAGGAGGAUUCUCUGACUUGGGCGGUGCUGCCGGCGGUCUUGGCGGUGGUAUUGGCGGCGGACUUGGCAGCGGUUUUGGCAGCGGUCUUGGCGGUGGUCUUGGCGGUGGUCUUGGCGGCGGUAUCGGAGGUGGUAUUGGCGGUGGCAUCGGCGGUGGUAUUGGCGGUGGUAUCGGCGGUGUUGUUGGAGGUGGUCCAGUAGUAAACACUGGCGACAUCGUCCACCGUCACAGACAACAAGUUACCAUUCCAGUACCACAACCCUACCCAGUACCAGUAGACCGUCCUUACAACGUCCCAGUUCCAGUACCAAGACCAGUAGAUGUACCAAGGCCAUACAAAGUAGAAGUACCAACUCCAGUAAAAGUACUGGUCAAGAAACCAUACCCAGUCCCUGUACCACGUCCAGUUCCAGUACACGUAAAGAAACCAGUCUACGUUAAAGUUCCAACCCCCGUACAUGUAACUGUUAACAAACCAUACCCAGUUGUUGUGCCUAAACCAUACCCAGUAUCCGUCCCAACUAAAGUCGAAGUCAAAGUACCAGUACCAGUCCAAGUACACAGCGACUCUCACGUAGGAAUCAGUGCCGGCGUCGGCUCCAUUGGAGGCGGUCUUGGCGGAGGUCUCGGCGGAGGUUUCGGUAGCGGAUUCGGCGGCGGAUUCGGCGGCGGACUCGGCGGCGGACUCGGUGGCGGAUUCGGCGGUGGAUUCGGCGGCGGCCACGGUGGCGCAAUCGGUGGAGGUCUCAUCGGCGGCGGUUCAGGUCUCCACGGAGGUCUUGCACUCGGCGGUUUGGGAGGUGGUUUCGGUGGCGGAUACGCCAGCGGUCACGGCUCCUACAUCAGCGGCGGCAGCCAUGCCCAUUUCGAUGACCACCACCAUCACCCAUGGUAAAGUGCCAAGGUGCAUCACAGUCAUGACUUAAUUUAAUAUCAUUCUAGUCUUCAUAUUUCAUGUCAUUCUGUACUUGUUAUUUGUUGUAUAAGUAAUAAAAAUUUUAUCAAAUGUA